AUGUUAUUCCCACUGCUGGUUGUUGCUACUGUUCUUAUAUCAAAUGUUGGUGCUAUCAAAGCUCAUAAGAAAUUACUUCUAGCAGAAAAUCGAAAAGAGGGUAUUGAUCAUAGUUACUUGGUUAUAUUUAAAUCACAUGAAAACGCUGUUGAAUUUCGAGAUGAGCAUUUAUUAACCAUGGGCAUACAAGCAAAACAUUUAUAUGCAAUAGGCACACGUUUUGUUGGUUAUGGAGCUGUCAUCACGGAUAAGAAAGUAUUAGACAAAAUUUUAGACGAUAGAAAUGUUCAGUUUGUUGAGCAAGAUCAACGUGUUAAAGCACAUAACAUUCAACACAAUGCACCAUGGCAUUUGGCUCGAAUCUCCGAUAAGGGUAAAAUUGAUAAUUAUAAUAAAGCUCAAUAUAUUUACCAGAAUCAUGGUGCUAAAGAUGUCACAGCUUACGUUAUUGACACGGGUAUUCGUUGUAGCCACGAGGAAUUUGAAGAUCGGUGUCAAUAUGGCUUUGAUGCAACGGGUGAAGGUAAUGGAGAUGGAAAUGGUCAUGGAACACAUGUAGCUGGACUUAUUGGCAGUAAGACGUAUGGUGUUGCUAAAAAAGUCUCGUUGAUUGCGGUUAAAGUACUUAAAGCAAAUGGUCAAGGAACUUCCACGGAUACAGUCGCUGGUAUUAAUUGGGCAACCAAAGAUUAUUUAUCAAAUGGUAAAACGGCGAGUGUCAUUAAUAUGAGUCUUUCUGGUCCAAAGUCACCGGGUCUAAGAGCAGCUAUUCUUGCUUCCGUUGAAAAAGGUUUGGCAUAUGCUGUUGCAGCAGGAAAUGCCAAUUCAGAUGCGUGUGAUUUUGAUCCAGCUAGUUAUGGCUUUGUUGUAACAGUUGGCGCAACAGAUUUGGAUUCAACUAUUUUAACAAGGAAUUCAGAUGAUCAAGUAGAUGAAAUAGAAGAUGGUCGUAGCCAAUUUUCAAAUUACGGUAAAUGUGUUAAGAUAUUUGCACCUGGUGGCGCUAUACAGUCAACAUGGUCGACCAAUGAUCAAGCAAUAAAUACAAUAUCAGGCACAUCAAUGGCUUCGCCAAUAGUAGCCGGUGCGAUGGCGUUGAUUUUACAGACUCAUCCAAGAUUAAGCCCGGCAAAAUUGAGAAAACGUCUCAUACAAAAUUCAACAAAGGGGUAUUUGUUGUUCGUUUCGACUAUUAACGAACUACUACUAUGUCCACAAUUACAUCCCACAAUUUCUCUACAUACAGCAAAAAACGAUACACGUCGGCUACCGAGCCCAUCUAGAUUAUUCAACACAUCUCCUCCAUCAAAUAGUGUGUCAGACACAUUCGCAGGUUUAAAGCCGAUUUCAUUUGAUAGUUUACCAGAAGAAGAAGAAGAUACACAUCUUAUGGAUCAGCAACAACAAUUAGAAGAAGAAAAUCAGAGUGAAUUAGCACAACUGAAUCAAGUAUAUCAAGGAGCUAAACUAAUCGAAGAACAAAUUUUAGAAACGAUCCGGGAAUUCAAAGCAACGGACGCGGAUGAAGCAAGUCAGUGGCUCACCGGCGUUGAAAGUGUUUUUCGGAAAUUAAACUAUCACCCGUUAUGCUGGCCAUUAGAAGCGUCAAAACGUUUUCGAAAUGAGUCAAUGCAUUUAUGGUAUGAGGAAAGUCAAACUGUUGUGCAUAAUGAUUGGGACCAGUUUAAACAGCGGUUGAUGGAAAAGGUACGAGAUCCUGUAAGAGUUCAGUCAAAGUCAAAACCAACUCAACAGCAGCAGCCGUCAAGCCAGACAUUUGAAUGCUACAGGCAGAAACAAUAG